AUAGGUUUAACAGAUCUUUUAUGUGCUUAUAACAUUUGUUUGAGGUGAAUUUACAUAUCGCUAGCCUAAAUUUUCACUCCUGCUACCGGCUUGUCCACUAUUCCGUAUAAAUAAAGACGUGACACCGAAUCGGAGGCUUGUGUGAAAGUAUAUGUUGCCUCGGCAGGAAGUGUUGUGGAUCAGAUCAGUUCAACACUCCUUCUUGAAGUGCUCAAUAACGCAGUAAUACCGUUAGUGUGAUAUUUUAAAGUGCAAGAAACAAUGUUGCUUCGAUUUAUGUUAUUAUUAACAUUUGCCGCAACAGCGUUAACAGCUACCAUUGACAAUGAGCAGUUGCAGACAAACUCAACUUUACCCGCAAAAGAGCAAAACUUAAAUAGCACAAGUGAAAUCAAUAACGAAAAAGGAUUCUGGGAAUGGUUGGCAGAUGUAGUAGUGCCGAAACCACCAACAGUUCCACAACCUCCACAAAUAGAAAAAUGUACAAAAUGCACUUGCGGUUUGACGAACAAACAUAAUCGUAUUGUCGGAGGCGUCGAAACACUCGUCAAUCAGUAUCCUUGGAUGGGUCUACUGAUGUAUAGAGGACAAUUUUAUUGCGGUUGUUCAGUCAUAAAUUCACGAUACGUGUUGACAGCAGCUCAUUGCAUUGAUAGAUUCGAUGGAAGUAGAAUGACUGUCCGAAUAUUCGAGCACGAUCGGAAUUCGACUAGUGAAAGCAAAACGCAAGAUUUCAAAGUGGAAAAAAUAAUAAAAAAUAGUGGUUAUUCGACUACUAAUUACAACAAUGAUAUUGCACUUAUUAAGCUAACAGAUUCUAUCAAGUUUCAGGGUUCGAUGCGACCUGUCUGUCUUCCGGAACCAGGGAAAACCUUUGCUGGUGACAAAGGUAUAGUGACCGGAUGGGGCGCUAUCAAACAAGGUGGGCCGGUAUCAAGCACUUUGCGAGAAGUAAUCGUUCCUAUUCUUUCGAACGCGGAAUGUCGCAAUACGCAAUAUCCAUCUCGUAAAAUCACAGAUAAUAUGCUGUGCGCGGGUUACCAGCAAGGCGGCAAAGAUUCCUGUCAAGGAGACAGCGGUGGUCCAUUGCACGUAGAAAAAAAUGGCGUUCAUCAGAUAGUUGGAGUAGUAAGCUGGGGAGAAGGUUGUGCUCAACCUGGGUACCCUGGAGUUUAUAGCAGAGUAAAUCGAUUUCUUACAUGGAUUGCAUCCAACACGGAGGGUGGUUGUUAUUGUUAAUAUACAAUAGUUAAUAUAGACUGACAUAUUUAUUUCAGUUAAUUUUACGUAAUACAUGUAUUUAAUAAUAAUGAGAAAUACUCAACGUAAGCCAUGGAAAUAGCCAAUAAAAUGUACAAUAAAGCACGUACAGUUAACGCUUUUCAAUAGCUAUCAACACUUUGAGAAAAGUGUAAUACUCAAUCAUAUAUUAGGUACAUUGUUAGUUAUUUUUACAUUAAAAUUAUUUAAUUAUAUGAAACAACAUCUUUUUAUCACACAUCUACAAUAUUUGCGGUUUGUGUAAUAUAUUGACGCUAUUGAAUUGGAAAUUUAAUGUUGCGUUGUGCAUAUAAUUAUAAAUUUAUAGCAUCAUAA